UCAAACAGCUAAACUGCGCUUAAAUUACAUCUCUUUCAAUUGAAAGCAAUGUUUUAUCUAGUGCUUUUUCUGAAGUGCAGCUAUAACAAAUCUCAGUUAAAACAGACGGGGACGAGCACUUAAAUUAUUUUAUACAUUUUAGCUCCAGCUACUACUAAAAGGUUUAACUUGACGAGGUGGAUUUAUUUUCUGGUCGAAUUACUACACUAAAAUCUUUGUUCAAAGCAUUUUUUCUCUCGGUUGGACAGAAAAUGACCACAGAAUUUUCACAAUUAGCACAGUCAGUUGGACAGAGCUUAACUAUGGCUCAAAAAGAUAACGAUUUCCCGGACCAUAAAAAAGAUCUGUACUCCAUAGAACAUUACCGGAUAUCCAAAUCUCGAGAACCGGAUACCAACCGCGUGAUAUCGAAUUCAAGUCGGCGAACUAAAACCGAACAUCGCAAAUCACGAAAACGCAAUGAUGAAGCAGAAAUUCUUUAUUCAAUUGACAAUUUAGACUUAACAGACUACAAAUCAACUAUGUCUUCAAAUUCACUUGGUCACUUUUCACGCUACACCAAGCCUUCCCUUCCAACCGAUCAGGAAAUUGAUACAGAUGACCUUCUUAACAACUUCUUUGUUUCCAAAAUCAACAAAGUGCGCAGAAACCGAGUUUUAUCCUCAAUGGAGAUAUUUGAAAAAGAUUUAGAAAGAAAACGGUUAUUGAAUCAAUACUUGAGUCAAAAGACGAGAUCCCGAUUUGGCAGAUUCCCUUCAACACCAAAAGAAGUAAUGCCUAUGGAGCCAAAACACCCCAGGACUCCGAAGACUUCCAGAGCCUUGGACGAUACGGAUUCCUUGGUUACUUCUAUGAGUACUCAAACUGAUGAUCCCGAUGUAACCUUACAGCAUUUUGUAGUUCCACGAGCUACUCAUGGGAUUACAGUUAUAAGUAACAAGGAUGGUCACUUAAGCUGGGACUGCAAUACUGUUGUUAGAAACUACCUGAUUAACUGUCCAGACUUUUUGAGCGAAGCCAGUGACUUGGCACCAGCUCGCCCAUCUACAAUGGUUGCCACGAGAGUGACACCUCCUAACAAAAUCAUCAGACACCAACUGCAUCAUCCAGGGGGCCACUUUAAGCAAACCGAAGUAGCAAGAUUCCAGCCGAUUAUUCCAUUAUCCAAACGUCGACAACAGCCGUCUCAGUUGGAGAAGUUCUUCGCAAAUGAGGAACGAAAAAAUCAAAACGUUAAAAUUGAUAGAAGACAAAUAAAUGCACUUGCUUCGAAACUUAACUUGCGCACUAAAAUUGUUUAAAAACUAAUUUAUUUCAUGUAUUUACAAACAGUUUUAGUUAAAGCUGAAAAAAAAACUUUUUCCAAAUCAGUU